UAUUUGGAGAGUGAGAGAUCAUUGCUCUCAUAAUUGCAGCGGAACUGUAUAAGCUUUGGUUUAGUGUACUAAUGCUAUCAAUAAGACACGAACUUGUAUGCACUGUCGCGCUGAGGUUAGUGCUAAUUCGUCUUCUUCUUCGUUCCGUCCCUCUCUCCCUUCAAUUAAUCUCUCCGUGUUUCUGGCUAUCCAGUAAUCCUACGCAGUCCACCUGAAACUCUGAAGCAACUGAGCGAGCUGAACUGGAGGGAGGAAUCUAUUUGAGCUGAUAUUUUGGAUCUAAAAUUCCAGAAACCUUUUGCCUAUUAUUUUUAAUUAAAAGAAAACGUAAAACUGCUGCCUGAGAAUGAGGGUUUUGCGAGAUUCGUGGUGUUUCUGCAACGGUGGAGGGAAGUCAGAGCGAAUGAAGGCUUCCAUUCUAUCAAGCAAAGGUCCGGCAAUGGCUAAAAUAGCCUCCGGCAACGGUGACGGUACCGGUUUUUUGAUUCACCGCAAUCUUCUCCUCACUGCCCACGUCAACCUCCCUUCCGCCCCUGCAGCCGAGGCCGCCGAGAUCCGCAUCCAAAACGGCGCAGCUGCUUGCCUCUUCCCUCACAGAUUUUUUAUAACCAGCACAAUACUUGAUCUGAGUAUAGUGGGACUUGAUUCCAUUGAUGGAGAUGCAACCAGGCAGCCUCAUUUCCUGAAAACCUGUUCUAAAUCAAACCUUGACCUAGGCAGCUUAGUUUACUUGCUGGGCUACAACAAUGAUAAAAGCGAGCUAACGAUAGGUGAAGGGAAGGUUGUAAUAGCCACUGACAAUCUAAUAAAGUUGUGCACAGAUGGUGUCACAUGGGCCCCAGGUUCAGCCGGUUUUGAUGCUCAGGGAAAUCUUGCAUUCAUGGUGUGUGAUCCUAUGAAGCUAGCCACAUCAUCUCCAAACUCAAAGUCAUCUUCUAUGACAUCAUCAUCAUCGUGGAGGAACAAGGAUAAUAAUACUUGUAAUAUGCAAUUUGGUAUACCAAUCCCGAUUAUAUGUGACUGGUUAAACCAACACUGGGAGGGAAGCCUUGAUGAACUCAAUAAACCCAAGUUGCCACUGAUGAGAUUGGUGGUGUCAGGUGGUGGUGGGGGCAACCAAAAGAGUGAUCAUUCAUGCCCUUCAUUCACGAUGAGGCGAGUAUUCAAAGGUGAUGAGAUAGAAGGAACCCCUACAUCCUCAAACACACCACCAUUGCUGAGACCUAAUAAAGAAUUGCCCGUCGGUCCAAGCUGUUCUGCUGCAGAUCAACAUGUACAGGGAAUCCCGACUCCUGAGAUUUUUGAGUCACCAAAGGUCCAAACGCAUCAGCUCUUGGACAUAAAUUUCCCAUCAAAGUAUUCUCCAGGUCUGAAACGGGCCCCAAAGGAUUCAAAAAUAACUGCUGCCUUUCCACAAUCUGCAAGAAAAAGGCCUUCUCACUGCUAUGAAGAAGUUUGUGGAGAAAAGUCCAGUGAUGGCCCCGAAGCCGAAAUAGCUUCAACUGGAUCCAUAAAUGGGCCACAAAGUGAGGUACAAAGUUCAUCUCCAGUUGAGGCAUCAGAUAUGCAGCAACAACAACACGAAGAUUACUACAGCAGCGAGGGAGAGACAACCACAAUGUACUCGGCAGAAACCGCAGAAAGCCGUAAUAUUCCAAGAAGUAGUGAUCCUCCUGUCAGAGGAGGAGGAGGGAAGGAGGUGGGGAGGAGCCAGAGUUGCAUGAGUUACACCAACAGAUGGGGGACAGCUAUGGUCCCAACAGCACAUAGGACAACAUCAACUCCCUCAGAGAAGGGCAGGAAGGUCCAUUCUCACGGAGCAACAACCUCACAUAGAAGCAAUGACUUUUUCAGCCCUACAGUUUCUUCCAUCAUGAAAAAACGUAACAACCCUGAGGUGAGACCAAAGCCGACGCCCAACAGGAUACCACGUCACAGCCCAAUAAAUCCAUCUUCGCCUAGGUGGAUGUUCUGACGACGAUCUAACCGCUGACAGCCAGACUCAACUCUUUUCUCAUAUGCUCUCAUUUUUGGCUCUUUUUCCCACAUUGUAACUAAUUUCGUGGUGAUGAGGGACAGCAUCAUAUCAAAGAACUGCUGCUCCAUAUUAUAAUCUAUAAGUAAUACUCUAAUAAUUUUGUGUCUGCUAUAUUUCAGUUAUACCACAGAAAAUUUAACAGGGGUAGACAACUCAGCUUUCUGUUUUUCUUUUCAGUUUUCAGUUCAGUUGAUGAGUUAGAAGAAUCAUUACCAAUUAAAACAAACUGUAUUUGGUUUGAUUUGAUUUAGUUUUUUUUUUAAUUUGUGAAGGUUUAUCAUAUUGUUAAUACGGC